UUCCUGUGGGUCUGCAGGCAAAGGGAGAAGAUGGCGGCGUUGGGGGAACCUGUGCGACUGGAGAGGGAUAUUUGUAGAGCAAUUGAAUUGUUGGAAAAAUUGCAAAGGAGUGGAGAGGUACCACCACAGAAACUUCAGGCUUUACAAAGAGUCCUUCAGAGUGAAUUCUGCAAUGCUGUAAGAGAGGUAUAUGAACACGUCUAUGAGACUGUGGACAUCAGUAGCAGUCCUGAAGUGAGAGCUAAUGCAACUGCAAAGGCUACUGUUGCUGCAUUUGCUGCCAGCGAAGGACAUUCUCAUCCUCGAGUUGUUGAGCUACCAAAAACAGAAGAAGGCCUUGGAUUCAAUAUUAUGGGAGGCAAAGAACAAAAUUCUCCAAUCUAUAUAUCGCGAAUAAUCCCAGGUGGAAUUGCUGAUAGACAUGGAGGUCUCAAGCGAGGAGAUCAACUCCUUUCUGUCAAUGGAGUGAGCGUCGAAGGGGAACAUCAUGAGAAAGCUGUAGAACUGCUGAAGGCAGCUCAAGGAAAGGUGAAAUUAGUAGUACGAUACACACCCAAGGUCUUAGAAGAAAUGGAGUCACGCUUUGAAAAAAUGAGAUCAGCAAAACGUAGGCAACAGACUUAAUGCAGUUAAAAACUUGAUAUUCCAUUUUGCUUUUAGCUAGAGAAGUUUUACUUGUGACCUACUGAUGGCCGCAAUGCCAAUGAUUGUAAAAAAAAAACAAACUUCCCUUGAAAUCCUCCUUGCCAUUUUAUAAAUACCUAUUUUAACAUCAUUUAUGCUUCCCAAGAUGCAUACACUUUUUUCUGACAAGAAAAAGUAAAAAGGUGAUGAGGGCAAUUCUGUCCUGCUGUUUUUACAGGCCUUUUUCAACAAAUGCAGAUUUUGUCAUAAAGUUGUUAUAGAUUUUUAAAAAUGCUUUUUUAAUAUUAAAAU